UAUGGAUCUAAUCUAUGGAUCGUGCAGAAGAAGAGGUUUAACCUUAAAAUAGGGGACAUAUCUGUCACUUUGAUUUUAUUCGAUUUUAGUUAGUUUUUAGACUUAACAACAAUUAAAUAAUAAGGUGUUUAUUAGUAAAAAUUUAAGUUUCAAAAUCGCGAUGCACCGACUAAACUACGCGUUACUGCGUUGCUCAAUAACAAAAUCUCACAAUGGGUUGCGCUUGUAUUCGAAAGAGCAGCGGCGGCAGACUUUCAUAUCGCGUUUGUACGACAAUUUCCGCGACGAAAUGGCGAAGAACAAGGAAAUGAAAGAGUCGCUGAAGAAAUUUCGAGAGGAGGCCCAAAAAUUGGAGCAAAGUGAUGCGUUGAAAGCUGCCAGGCACAAAUUUGAGACUGUAGAGAAGGAAGCUAGUGAGGGAAGUAAAGUGUUUAAGGAGAAGUUUGAUAGUAUUAAAGAAAAAGUGCAAGGGGUUGUUGACGAAGUGGGUAAAUCAGAUAUUGCAAAAAAAGCUGGUAAAAUCUCUGAAGGUAUUGGUAAAACAACCACCUCAUUCACGGAAAAAGCACAAGAAAUCGGCAAAACAAGCGCAUUUCAAAGCAUAUCGCAGACAGCCGAAGCAGUUAAAAAAGAGAUUGACACUACAAGUAUGGAGGGCAGAGUUUAUGUGAGUCCCACAAAGUUAAGGAAGAGAACAGAGACAUCUGCAGUGCAAAACGUGAAGUUCUAUGAACCCAAUGAGGAAGCAACAGGCAUAGAACUACACAAAGACUCAAAAUUCUACCAGUCGUGGCAAAGUUUCAAAGACAACAACCCCUACGUUCACAAAGUAAUGGAUUGGAAAUUAAAGUAUGAUGAAAGUGAUAACCCCCUUAUCAGAGCUUCAAGAGUUCUAACGGAAAAAGUCUCAGACGUUGUGGGAGGUUUGUUCUCGAAAACGGAACUAUCAGAAACCCUCACAGAAAUCUGCAAAAUUGACAACACUUUCGACACCAAAAGGUUCCUAAAACAAUGCGAAACUGAUAUUAUUCCAAACAUCCUCGAAGCCAUGACACGCGGGGAUUUAGAAGUUCUCAAAGACUGGUGUCAUGAAGGCCCAUACAACAUUUUUGCCAUACCUAUCAAAGAAGCCUACAAAAAAGGUUAUAGAAUCGAGUCGAAAAUCCUAGAUGUGGACAAUGUAGACCUGGUAAUGGGUAAGGUAAUGGAGCAGGGCCCAGUUUUGAUAAUUUCCUUCCAAUCCCAGCAGAUGAUGUGUGUAAAAGACGGCAGUGAUAAUGUUGUAGAAGGGGAUCCCGAGAAAGUAAUGAGGGUAACAUACGUUUGGGUCUUGUGUAGAGAUCCAACGGAGCCUGAUCCAAGAGCGGCAUGGAGGCUGUUGGAUCUUUCUGCCAAUAGUAAUGAACAAUUUGUCUAAUGUACUAAAAACUAACUUUAAAAAGUUGUUUUACUGUGAAAAUCGUGUAAAUAAAGGGUGCAGCAAUUUUGAUUGUUAUUUGCUGGGUUUCAGCAAAAAUUGUUGUCAAAUUCAUUAGAAUAAACCGUAUUUUUUUUACCACAAGGUUUAUUUUGAUGAACAAAAAGCAUUAACAAGCUUUAGAGUCGAUUUAUUUAUUGUGAUUCUAAAUUUUACUGUUUUUGUACAGAAUUCAUUGUCUAUAGAGUAUAAUUUAUAUACUUUUUCAAUAAAAUUGUUUUUUGAACUGUU